AUGAUACUCUUGCGGAGAAUCGUCAUAUGCGCGACUUUGGGGUUCUGUUUCGCUCUUCAAAGCCCCAAGACGUACCAUUUCGAGUCAGAAGCACCAAGAAAUUUCACUGAGACGUCGACACCAGCGGCAACAACACACGAGAUUCCAACUUCAACUGGUCAUUACCGCAAGCUACCCUUUCUCAGCUCGACACAGUGUCCGCACGUUGUGGAUGAUUUGGAAGAGAAGGAAACAUCGUUCAAGUAUCCAGAAUUGCUGCUAAACAAUUCAAAAGAUCUGACGACCAAGGAUGUCUGGACAGAAGGGCUAUUCUCACCCACCACGAAACUUCUGGUAAAGGAACUUUUGGCCCAGGCAUUUCCGGACGAAAAGCCAGAAUUGUUCGAUUCUGCUUUUGACUUCGCAGAGUCUAUUCUGCCCUACCUUGUGUAAGCCGUAAAUCUAAAUACUUGAUACGCUUUCAUGGGUGCUUCACCUGAGUCGUGCGUCGAUGACAGUGGAAGUCUGUGUCUCCUCCGAAUUACACUCUUUUGAUGCUGUAAAUACAAUACUGGCUGGGCUUCAAAAUACUUUCCUCAGAC